UUAUGGGAUGGUCUAAUUGACGAAUUUCAAGCUGUGACACCUAAUGAUCCUUUACCAGGAACAGUAGUUGUCUUCACUUCCGUUGUUGUUCGCCACUUCGCAGGGGAAGAAUAUUGUGUGGGCUCAAAUGCAACGAAAGUAUAUUGCAACUUGCACUAUCCUCACGUGCACCCCCUGCUUGAUAAUAUAGAAAAUGUCUCGCUGGCCAUUGACUACACGUUGGAGGAUGCUAUAUGGUUAAGUGAGAUAUGUUCCAUUUCGGAACUGAAUCUAUAUAAGACUGAUUUCACCAACCAGGGGAAUUUGUACCUUACUACUGCAACAGUCAAGGAUGUUACUGUUUCUUGGUCAAGUGUGCAUCUCAAGUUUAUGGUGAGGCUGACUGUUGCUACUGGUCCUCAUGAGGCUUCUAUCAUGUUUAUGACUACCAAGUUCCGGUGGAUAGCAAGCCGUAUCAUUGAGGCUACAGACAAGGAAUGGACCAAUGACUUCAGGACUCUCCUAGCUGCUCUCAGGGGGAAUAUAUUGAAGUUUAUGAUUGAAUUUGGAGAUUUCAACGGCCAGACCAAUGAGUUUGAUUUGGUUCUUCGCAAAUUAUUCUGGUAGAGGGAGUGAC